AUGUUUUUCUUUUUGUUCUUAUUAAGGAUAGUAUUGUUAAAUGCAGAAAAUAAUUUUGAAAUUAUAUACACAGCUUUUAGUGAAGAUAAUUUCGAUAAAGAAGGUAAAUAAAUUAAUUAUACUUUAGGAUGGCAUCUUCAAAACAGCUAUAGCACAACUUUAUUCAGAAAAUGUGGUAAUGAGACUGUGUUUGGAGGUUUUUCAGCUUUCUCUAAUACAUUAAUUACUUACAAUUCAAGUCUUCCUCCUCACUAUUCGGCAAAAAUUUCAUUCAAAUUUUGGAAGUAUAUAAAAUCUUUUUAUUUUAGAAUUGAUAGUUGGAAUGAAAAUGAAUAUGUUUAUAUUUACUUUGAUGAUAAAUUACAAAAAAAAACAUUUCUUGAGGAAAAAAAUUAUAGAUUUUGUGGUCUUAUUGAUGCUGAUGAAAUUGUUAUUUUUGAUGCCUAAUUAAUUCAUACCUCUAAAAAUAUAUUUAUCAUAAUAACCUCAAAUUUAAACUAGAAUCCACAAAAUGUAAAAUAAUGAAAAAUUUAGGAAUCAUGGGGGAUAAAUGAUUUUAUAAUUGAAAUAUUGUUAUGCCCAAAAGGAUGUGCAUAUUGUUAAGAUGAUAUAAUGCCAUGUGAUUUUUGGAUUCAUGUUAAAUCAUUUUGGCAAACUCCAAGUGAGUUCGAAGGAUGGAAAAUUGAUGAUAAUAAAACACUCUCUUCAAGUGUAUGUGCUGGUCUUAAUAUAGCUGGAGGAUACUCUAACUUACGAUUAAAUUAAACAGUUUAAAAUACAAUCUUUAAUUUAUCUUCCCAUUUUAAUAUUUAAUUAGAAUUCAAACUUUGGUUGUUUGGCAAUUGGGAUGAUGAUUAAUUUAUUCUUAAGCUUGAUGAUUAGGAAAUAUUAAAUCAACAUUUAAAUUAAUCAGCCCAUUAUAUAAAUUGCGGAGGGUAUUAUUAAUAUGUUAGCUUCAUAAAUCUUAGAGCUUAAAUGAAUCAUUCUUAAUCAUCAAUGAAGAUUACAUUUACUACUUAAUCAAAUUCAACUUAAAAUAAAUAUUGGGGAAUUAAUGCAUUUGAUUUAUAUAUCGGAAAAUGUUCAAUUAAUUGUGAAUAAUGUUACUGCUUGUAUUAAAGAUUGGGUAGUUUUUAAAGGAGAAUGUAUUUAUUACAAAUAAAUUCCCCCUUUAACUUGGGAGCAUAUUAGCAUAGUUUAAUAACUAAAUAAUAUUUAAAAUAAUAUUCAUUAAAUAUAAUUAAAAAGUGA